CUCCGCGUUAUAAACAUAUCAGUCAUAGUUUUAUCACUCGCGAGAGUGCGUGUAUAAUGGCCAACAAGUAUUUGUUGUGCCUAUUAAUACUAAGUGUCGCUUUAAAUACUGUAAGUGGAAAGUAUGGACGCAGUGGUGGCUCUAGAAGCUCCAGUUCUGGAAGAUCGUGGGGAAAGAGUAGUUCUGGGAGAUCGUCUUGGGGAUGGGGUUCUAGCAAACCAAGCUCGGGCUCCAGUUACUCUUCAUCUUCGGGUCACUCAGGAUUUGGAUCCAGUUCACAUGGCUAUCCAUCAUCAAUUGGAUUGUCAGGCUCUGGAUCUAGCAGAUCCAGCUAUCCAUCAGUGUCAGGCAGAGGAAACACAGGCUCCAGCUACCCAUGGUCAGGUGGCCUCUCUGGUUCCAGCUCUAAUAGCCACUCUGGAGUAAGUUAUCCGUCGUCAAUCGGUCUAUCUGGUUCAGGAAGUGGGAGUAAAUAUCCAGCAUCAAACGGUCUAUCUGGAUCGGGAGCAAGUAGUAAAUAUCCAGCAUCAACCGGAUUAUCAGGAAAUCAGCAGUUUUCAACAAAUACAGGAAGUGGAAGUAAAUACCCAGUCUCUACUGGACUCUCUGGGUCUGGAGGUAGUAAAUAUCCUUUUUCAACAGGACUCUCUGGUACGAACAGCCGCCCUGUAUCAACUGGUCUGUCAACAUCUAACACAGGUUAUCAUCCUACAGCUCCACCAUAUCCGAAUACACAGUAUAAUAAACCUCCACAAACCCAUCCAAGUACCAUAUCUAAUUCUCAUUCUGGAUACAAACCGACAUAUAUAGGCUCGUCAUAUAAUAGUGGUUCUUAUGGAAGUCAUGUUUAUGUGCCAACUUACUAUACCUCUCCUCAACAUAUUUAUAUCACACAGUAUAGAGAUUCUGGAAGUCGUUAUAAUAACCUAUUAACUGGAUUAACACUGUAUAAUUUAGGACGCUCUCAUACACAUUACCAUGAUCAUUAUUAUUAUGACGACUACUAUAGGAGAAGAUAUGACUCUGGAACUGGUUCAUCUUAUCGCCCCUCUGUUAAAAGCAACGAAGAAGCUCAUUGUCUUUUACGAGUAAAAGAAAACGGUAAAAUUGAAGAGCUAAAAAUACCUUGUGAGAUUGUAUCAACAUUUACUGAAGGUAGUAAAAAAGUACGUCAAGAAACAGUUCGUAUAGAGAAUACAGUAUGCCAAAAUAUAACAGUAUCUAAUAAAAUGUCGACAGAAGCUAACUUAACAUCUGUGUCCACUUCAACAACUGAAGCUACUCCUUUAUCCGUAAUUCCUGUAAAUACAAGUUUUAAUAAAGCUAAUCAGACAGAAACGCUUACAUCAACAUUUGCAACUACAAAUGUAACAACACCCAGUUUACUUUCCCAGAAUUUUACAACUUCGACAGAAACAAUUCCUAUCAAGGAGAAUAAUACUUCAAUUAGCACAACUGAACUCAAAAAUAUAAGUGAAUCAACCACCCCUUCAUAUUCAACUGCAGGGAAUUCCACUACACCAACAAGUAAUGUGACGCAAAAUGUAAUAACUUCCACCGAAUCAUCUGCCUCAAGUGCAUCAACAAUUAAUCCAUCCGUAAAUAAAACAAUAACUAAUUUAAAUUAUUCAACUACAAUUCCACCGCCAAACACAAAUAAUGUUUUUACAAAUUCAACAUGUACAACAACGACAACAACACAGUUGAAAGAUCCUUUAACUAUAAAAGGUCCACCGCCAAAUCCCAAUAAUAUGGAAUGUGAAGUUGAAAUUGUAACAAAAGAUCAUCGACUCAGAUCAAAAAUAAAUUGUCUCACAUUAAUGGAAUAUUCUAAGAUGCCAGAACCAAAAAAAGAUUCAGGGUUUUUGCCACCCAGAGACAAAUUAAAGUCAUGGUUAUCUAAACCACCGUGGUGGUUAUCUAUCUUUGUUGCAGUGUAAAUUUAUUUAGAAUAAGUAUUAAAGAAAAUUUAAAAAAAAUAUUAAAACCAGAGACAUUAAUAACGGCUCAUUUAUGGUUAACAUAUAUUGUAAGAAGUUUUUUUUUUAUUUGUAUAAUAUGUAACUUUGUGACAAGCAUUUAUUUUAUUGCGUUGUUUUGAUAAAAUUAUGAUUUGAAAUAAUUGUAAAAUACGCCAAAAAGGAAUGUUACAAAAUGGUCAAAUAGUGAUAGUAAUAAUAUUAUUAAAUAUAAAUGUUAAAACUAGUGAAUAUUUGUUACUAAUAGUUUAAAAUUUAAUUUGUUAAGGUAAUAAAAUAGAUAUACAAAAAGUUUAUUUAACUAAAUUCAAAACACUGGUAUUUCAAUUUUAUACAUUUAUAUACUUUUUGAAAUUGGUACAUACGAUAUUCUUUGAAAUUACUUCAUUAAUAACAAAGCGAUAACUUUGUACAGAUAAUAUUUUAAGUUGAAAGGUUAUGUCCAUUAAGAUAAUAGAGUGAACACAAAUAUUAUCUUAUCUGGUAUUUGUUGUUGUAUUUGAGUUUAAAAUUUUGUUUCUUACUACUUUAUUGACGGAUAUAAAUCCAAAUGUAGUAUACAAAAUUUCAAUAUGCUCUAAAUAUAAUACAAAUCAUUAUCUUUUGAUAUGUCUCGCAGACUACGAGUGUUAAAAACCACUUAUGAUGUUAUGUAAAUAAAGUAGUAAAUUUGCAUAUUAUACAGGCCUCAGAA